AUAAAACUAAUUAUCCCAUUUAGAUAAGAUUUUUCAAUUUUUCUAUCUGACAGACACCCAAAGGUUAAAAGAAAUAUUUUAAUAGUGCACUUCUCUGCUUUUGUUGGCGACACCGACCGACACAAGAGCUGCAUGACAAGAGUGGAGAAAAUAAAACAAAACUGAAGAACGCGAUAUUUCAUCGAAUGAUUUCAAUUUAACUCAUCGCAUCAGCCGGUUUGCGGUUAGUGUUGAUAUCGGUGCGGUAGAGGCAUUGACACAUUGUGAGAAGUUCUUAGCUUGGCGCGGAUAAUUUCACGGCAUAGAUAUUCCUAAGAAGUGUUUCUUCUUUUCGAAUUAAUUUUUGUCCUUAGAAUUAAGUAAAAAUAUAAAUGAAUUCGAGAAAAAUGGAACCUUGGCUAAAGAUUUCGUGCUUACUAUGCGUUUUUGGAUUUAUCCGCGAGAUACGGCCAUCUGAACCUUAUAUCACAGAAUACUUGGUUGGUGAAUGGCGAAAUGUUACACAAGAACAAGUUAAUAGGGAAGUGUAUCCUGUGGGCACAUAUUCCUAUUUGGCUCAACUAGUAAUAGUCUUUCUCGUCACGGACUUUUUAAGAUACAAGCCCCUUAUUAUAAUCAUGGGCAUUGCCGGUGUUAUCAUUUGGAGUAUGCUUCUAUGGACAACAUCUCUACUAGCUCUACAAAUUCUUGAAGUAUUCUAUGGUACCUAUAUGGCAGCUGAAGUUGCCUAUUUCACUUACAUCUAUGCGAAAGUCGAUAAAAAACAUUACCCACAAGUCACGUCACACACAAGAGCGGCAAUGUUUUGUGGAAAACUUGUGGCAAGUGUAGUCGCUCAAACUGUUUUAAAUUUGGGACUCAUGAAUUAUAAAGACUUGAAUUACAUAACAUUAGCAACUCAAAUUUGUGCUACCGUUUGGGCGUUUGGCUUACCAAAAGUUAAAACAAGUAUAUACUUCCACAGGAAGCCUUCGUUAAGUGUUUCCAUUGCAUCAAAUUCACAUCAACAUCAAGGCAGUAAAACUGUUAGUGAAACUUCAGUUAAUAAUACUUUAAGUCAACCAGCACAAUUACCUCCGCUACAACUACUAUGGUCACACUUCAAAAAUGCCUAUACUAAUGUAAAAGUUGUUCAAUGGAGCAUUUGGUAUGCAGUUGGAGUUUGUGGAUAUUUUCAAGUCAUAUCAUAUAUUCAAGUUCUAUGGAUUUCAAUAGAAGAACAACCUGAGACUGUUUGGAAUGGAGCUGUAGAUGCAAUUCUAACACUUUUGGCAGCAAUUUUCGCUCUAAUAGCUGGUUUCAUUCAUGGUGCACGUCUUAACUCAAGAAUGAGCUUAUUAGCAUUGGCAGUAUUGUCUAUUAUGGAAGGUGGAGCUGUGCUUCUUUCAUGUUGGACAACAAAUAUAUUUUGGUCGUAUACGGGAUAUGUUAUUUUCGGGGCACUCUAUGGUUUCACCAUUACCGUUUCAGGUGCGGAAGUGGCUCGUUACUUAGAAGAGGAGAGUUACGGUCUAGUAUUUGGAAUCAAUACAAUGGUUGCACUCUUGUUGCAAUCUAUUUUAACAUUUGUCGUUGUUUCAGAGACUGGAUUUGGACUAAGCGUAGUCGGUCAAUAUACUGUAUAUUCUUUCUAUUUUAUUACAAUUGGUGUUGUAUACUUUUUAUCUGUUGUGAUUGAAUAUUUUAUAAAUCGACCUAAAACAAUGUAGCCCACAGAAAAACAAAGAUAACUUCAGUAUACAUUAAAAAAAAAAAACUUUCAAAGUAUUAGUAAUGAAACAAAAAAUAAACCAUUAAUGCACAAAUACUUAAUUAACUUUUGUUGAAAACAAAAAAAAAAUGUCUAGAGUACAAAGAUUUUUGUAUGUA